AUGUUUUCUUUAUCUUGUCAUUUUUAUUUUUCUUACUCUUUCUACAUUUCUUUAUCUUUUCUUUCUCUUCUCUCCAUCUCUUUUUCUCUCUUUCGUUGUUUUUCUUACUUCUCAGUUCUCAUUUUUUUCUUUCUUCUCUUCUCUCUUGUUCUUCUGUCAUUUCCUUUUACUAUUUUCUCCUUUUUUCUUUUUCAUUUCAUCUUUCAUUUUCUCAGUUUCCCUUCAUUACUUUUUCUUUUUCUUCUCUCUUCUUUUUUCUUGCAUUGCGUUUUUUUGUACUUUUCUGUUUCUUUUUGUUUAUUUGUAUCAUUUUAUAUUUCCUUUGUUUUCCUUCCUUCUCUGAAUUUUUCUUUUUACUUCUUCUUGCUUAAAAUUUUUAAUUUUAUCCUUUUUCCUUUAUCUCUUUACUCAUCUUCUCUCUUUCUUAUUCUUUUUACUUCUGUUUCUUCUUCUUCUUUUCUUUCCUCCUCCUCUUUUUUACAUAUUUUUAUCUUUUGCUUCUUAUUAUUAUUUUACAUAUUUCAUUCAUUUCCUUUUUUCUUCCAAAUCUCCCACUCUUUUUCUAUUUCUUUUUCUUUUCUAACAUUUCUUCUCUCUAAUCUAUUUUUCUCCUCACUCUUCUGUCUUUUUUCCAUUUUACCAUUCUUUCCUCCUUCAACUCCUAUCCUUGUUCCUCUUUUAUUUCUCCUUUCCUAUAAAUUCUAUAUUCUAAAAAUUUCUUCUUUGUUAUUUCACUCUUUACUAAAUUGUUCUUUUCAUCUCUGCUAA